AUGAGUGAAGGCGAGCGUACUUUAGUAGACAAAUCUGAGAGCAGUUCUUUUGAGGACUUAGCUUCUGCUGCUGCACACGAAAUCGAAGAAGCAAAACUUGCUGAAGCAGCUGCUUCGGAAAAAGACAAGCAAGGACAGCAACCUCCUGAAGAGUGGCAGGACCUGUUAGGCUCGGGAGCACUCUUAAAGAAAUCAUUAAAAACAGGUGAUGAAUUAAAUGGCUCUAGACCACAAAGAGGUGACAUUUGCAGAAUUAGUUAUGAACUUAAAUUACGUGAUGAUAGUCGAGAUCUUGUUGAGAAAAGAGAUCAUGUUAAAAUUUAUCUGGGGGACAAUGAGAUUCUACAAGGACUGGACUUAGCAUUAACUCUUAUGUACAAAGGUGAAGCAUGUUUAUUGCAAAUAGCACCUAGAUUUGGAUAUGGCGAGACUGGUCUAAAGCCUGGUGAGAGUCUUGGAUUGAUAGGGGAAUUGGAAAGUCCCAAAUAUAAUGGAGCAGCAAUAGGACCAGACACUUGGCUUGAGGCAAGAUUAGAACUUCAUGAUUGGACUGAAGAACCUGACCAUGAAACCUUACCAAUUGCAGAAAGAAUGGAAAUCGGUAUCCGCCGUCGUUGCCGGGGCAACUGGUGGUACGGUCGUGGUGAAGCCCAGUUAGCUGUUCAGUUAUACCGGCGUGCAUUAGACGUGCUCGAUGAGAGCGAAGGGGGUAUCACAGACCCCACGCCGUCUGGCGAUAUAACCCCUACGUCUGAUGCUUUGCACUCCUUGUUAGAAGAACGUCUUAGAGUUCAUAAUAACAUGGCCGCUGCUCAGUUAAAAGCUGGGGCCUUUGAGGCUGCGUUACAGGCAGUAACAAGAGUACUAACCUGUCAACCGAACAACGCCAAAGCCCUAUACCGCAAGUCCCGUAUACUGACCGCCAUGGGGCGGAACCCAGAGGCGCUGGCCGCAGCCCGAGCAGCCGCGGCUGCAGCCCCCGAAGAUAUCUCCGUCCGCAAAGAACUUUCUAGAUGCGAACAGAAGGCGACAAGAGAUAGAUCAGUGGAAAGGAAAUUGGCUAAACGCAUGUUAGGGGGUACCGCUGUACCCAAACCGUCCCCAGAUAAAAAGCCUUCCAGAGCUAAAAUGUUUGUGUGGGGCUCGCUGCUUCUGAGCCUGCUGGUGGGUGUGGCCAGCGUACUUGUCUACCGCUACAAGAUGCAGUCCCAG